CCGGCCGCGCGGAGCACGUGGGCCGGUGGGCGGUGCUGCGCCACCGAUUUAUUCCGGUGUUGCGGGGCGGGAGCAGCGCCCGCGCCCGGCAGCAUGCAGGACCUCCGUCUGUGGGCCGCGCUGUGCGGCGCGCUGCUGUGCGCCUCGGGAGUGCUGGCCGCCUCGGGUGACUUCUGUGACUCCAGCCAGUGCCUCAACGGUGGAACCUGCUUGAUGGGCCAGGAUGCUGCCCCCUUCUUCUGCCUCUGCCCUGAAGGCUUCACUGGCCUCGUGUGCAACGAGACGGAGGAAGGUCCCUGUUCCCCAAACCCCUGCUACAACAAUGCUGAAUGCCAGGUGGUUGGUGACGCUCACCGAGGGGAUGUCUUCACCCACUAUAUCUGCGAGUGCCCUCAGGGCUACAUGGGCACCCACUGUGAAACCAGGUGCGCCAAGCCACUGGGCAUGGAGGGCGGUGCCAUCGCCGACUCGCAGCUCUCUGCUUCAUCGGUGCACUUGGGCUUCCUGGGUUUGCAGCGCUGGGCCCCGGAGCUGGCCCGGCUUCACCGCACUGGCAUUGUCAACGCCUGGACAGCCAGCAACUAUGAUAGGAAGCCCUGGAUCCAGGUGAAUCUGCUGCGGAAGAUGUGGGUGACAGGUGUUGUGACACAAGGUGCCAGCCGCGCGGGCAGCGCUGAGUACGUGAAGACCUUAAAGGUGGCCUACAGCUUGGAUGGGCGCAAGUUCCAGUUCAUCCAGGAAGCGGACGGGUCUGGAGACAAGGUGUUUGCCGGUAACGUGGACAACAGUGGACUGAAGACCAACCUGUUCGAGUCCCCUCUGGAGGCACAGUAUGUGCGGCUGUACCCCGUGACCUGCCACCAGGGCUGCACCCUCCGCAUGGAGCUCCUGGGCUGUGAGCUGAAUGCAGGAUGCUCAGAACCCCUGGGCCUAAAGGACAACACUAUCCCCGACAAGCAGAUCACGGCCUCCAGCAGCUACAAGACCUGGGGCCUGCGUGCCUUUGGCUGGUAUCCCUUCUACGGGCGACUGGACAAGCAGGGCAAGUUCAACGCCUGGACGGCCCAGAGUAAUGACGCCUCUGAGUGGCUGCAGGUCGACCUGGGUUCCCAAAAGCGGGUGACAGGCGUCAUCACCCAGGGGGCUCGGGACUUUGGCCACAUCCAGUACGUGGCAGCCUACAAGGUGGCCCACAGCAACGAUGGCCGGAACUGGACCGAGUACAAGGAACAGGGGGCCACGGACAGCAAGGUUUUCCCUGGCAACCUGGACAACUACUCGCACAAGAAGAAUGUGUUUGAGACGCCCGUGCUGGCUCGCUUUGUGCGCAUCCUGCCCGUGGCGUGGCACAACCGCAUCACUCUGCGCCUGGAGCUGCUGGGCUGCUAGUGGGGGCCCGGCCAGGGGGCCUCCUGCCUGGCUGUAGCCCAAGAGGGGGUCCCACCAGACGCUCCUCUCUCCUCCUCACCCUCAGCUCCCUGGGGGCCUGGGGGUGGGGGCUCCUGCCCUGGCUCCCUAUAGGGGGUGGCACCAGACACUCCUCUUUCCUCCUCACCUUCAGCUCCUUGGGGCCCCGGCCAGGGGGGCUCCUGCCAUGGGCUGUAGUACAGCCUCAGAGGGGGGCCAACCAGACGCUCCUCUCUUCUCUUCACCCUCAGCUCCCACUGCUCUGGCGCCUGGCCCUCCUACCAUCCCGAUUUCUCAGGCAUCACUCGGGGCUGGAGUUGGGGGUGGGUGCCUGCUGCCAGGCCCUGGCUGACACUGAAGAGCCCCGGCUUCUUUUCCCAUAUACUACAUCCUCACAUCCACCUAGCCCCAGAACCUUUCCUCCUAUCUCCCCAGAGACUGCUACUGACCCUUGUCUUGGCCUGGAGGUUUGCGGAAGGGAGGGGGCUGGCCGGGCGGGUGUGGUGCCAUUCUGCUGUUCUCACCCCACAGCACACAGGCAGCUUCCAGAUACAUUUGUGUUCUUCACUGGGA